UAAAAAAAAUAUUUCUAAGCUCGUACAUGUUUUAUAUUAUUUUAGUUAUUUUAAUUUUUAUUUAUUUACUGAUAUCAAAUGCUUCUUCUUAUGGUGUAAUCAAUCGUACAUAAAAUUAAAGUGUACUUCAGUAAUUUUAAAAUUGUAUCAAUUGAUAUGUUGUUUUUUAUCUUGUGGUUGCUGAUUCCAACUAUAUUUUCAGCCUACUUUUCUGCUCGUCUUAUAUAUUUGAUUAUGCAAUGUCUUAUUGGUAAUCGUUCACUCAAAACAUUAAGACAUCCUGCUCGUACACUAAUUGUCAUUGGUUCAGGUGGACAUACAGCUGAAAUGUUGCGUUUAAUGAAUAAAAUGAACAAGAAAAAGUUUACACCACGUUUGUAUUUAUUAGCUAAUACAGAUACAACAAGCCAAAUCAGAGUGGAAAAUGAAGAAUGUGGCAUAGACUGGUCUAUAGUCAAAAUACCACGAUCCAGAUAUGUAAAUCAAUCAUAUUUAACGUCAAUUUUUUCUACUAUUUAUUCUAUUUUUAUGACUGUGCCUGUAGUUAUAUCAUUCAAACCCGAUUUAGUACUAUGCAAUGGUCCAGGCACUUGUGUUCCAGUAUGUUUUGUUGCAUUCUUAGUGAAAUUAUUUCAUUAUGUAGAUACAUCAAUUAUAUUUGUAGAAAGUAUCUGUCGGGUAAAUACUUUAUCUUUAACUGGGAAAAUAAUGUAUUUCUUUGCAGAUUUAAUAAUUGUGCAAUGGUAUGAACUUAAACAAAAAUAUGGAAUGAGGGUCAAAUAUCUUGAUGAAGGAUUGUCUUCUUAAAUUUUUACUUAAAACAAAAUUAUAAAUAUUUUUAUUUAUGUAUAUAUUUUUAAUAAAAUGUA